UUCCUCCGUGCUUUAGCUCUGCCUUCUCUCUAGGACUCAACAAUUUUUCGAGUGUUCAGGAGUAGUACCGUCGACAGGCGCUACAGAAUAGGGAGAAUAGGGACAAAGGUUUAGUUUUCAUAGCCACAGUUGGAUUGGGUGAUGUCCAUGGAAAAUCUCCUAGUUUUCGGCGACCUUCGAUCACAACGAAGGCAGGGAAGCAAGUUGGGAUCGGAGGUCCGACAAUGGCAUGCCACGAGGGGUGAGUGCAGCGGCGGCAGAUUGGAGCGUGAGAAAGAGGCUCAAGUGGCCGCACACAUGAUCACUCCAGAUGAGCCACAAAACGGGGAGGAGUCGAGCACUGACUACCACGCCCGCUCGGGUCUUUGAGGAGGUUGUACCUCAAGGGUACAUGAUCAGGGUUCUCGUGACUAUGAGGAGAUAACUUUAUUUAAAUUAUUGGGAAAACUGUCAAUUUGGUCCUCAUACUUUCAUGAAAGGGUCAAUUAAGUCUUCAUACUUUUAAAAAUAUCAAUCAAAUCCUUGAACUUUGUAAAAACGUUUAAUUGAGUCCAUUUGCAAGUUACUUGUCAUGUAAGCAGGUCACCCGCUAAUGUGACGCACAUGUGGCAGCCCAAUCAGCAAUAAUUUUGCUGACGUGGCACCCAUGUGGAAGUACAGUCAGCCAUUUGCUGAUGACGUGGUGCACACGUGGACCACAAUGUGUCACCACAUCAACGGGUGACUUGCUGACAUGGCAAGUAAUCUGCAAAUGUACUCAAUUAAACGUUUUUACAAAGUUCAGAGAUUUGAGUGGUUUUUUUAAAAGCAUGAGGACCUAAUUGACUUUUUCAUGAAAGUAUGAGGACCAAUUUGACAUUCAUUUUCCCCUAAAUUAUUUUGCUUUGUUUUCAUCUUAUUUCGGAUUGGAUGUUGUUUUGAUUGUAUUUUUGUCUCGUACUAGCAGAACUCUAGAAUGUAGGAUGAGUGAUGACAGGACUGGUUCAUCCAUCAUUAGCUUGGUUAAGCUCAUUAUAGGAUUAAAGAGUCAUAUUGCUUUAUUAGAGUUGUUUGAUUCUAAAUCUGUUUCGAAGACAGACAAUUGAAAAAGAUUUUUUUGUCUUUUGUAACUUGCGUGAAAUCUGAUUAUUCGACAUAAACCACCUUAUUCAAUUAUUCCAUAAAAAAAAUCAAUAAAUUUAUUUAAUUCAACACGUGAAUCAAAAUUCCACUAAUUUGAAGCUGAUUAUGAAGGAUCAGGCAUCUCUGCCUUAGUUAAGCAGCCAAGGAGGGUGCCUGGCUGUUUUCCUCCGUCAGAUCGGAAAUUCGACGGAUGAAGAUCUUGGAUUUCACCCCUUUGCCGAUCUCGAGAUCCUGCUCGUAGCUUCCCUGCCGUCGGAUGCCGCAAGCCCGCAAGGCACUCUACCUCUGCCAAUUAUUAUAGGAUGAGCAGCUCAAGGCAUACAACCCCCAUCUUUGUUUCUUUCUUCAUCUCUUCAAAAUCAAUGGAUUUUGGUGGCUUUGUGAACGAAACGAUCAUUGACACUACGGUGGAUGAUUUUUGGUGGCUUUGCGGCGGCAGAACUUGACGGAGAACCAGCGGCGGUGGCUGAACUUGACAGAGAACCGGCGGCGGCGGCUGAACUUGACGGAGAACCGGCGGCGGCGGCUGAACUUGACGGAGAACCGGCGGCGGCGGCUGAACUUGACGGAGAACCGGCGGCGGCGGCUGAAUUUGAUGGAGAACCGGCGGCGGCGGCCAUGGAUGAAAUCUCUAAGCUUGCAGGGUUGUGUGCAAAAAGUGCAGUUAGCAGCCUUGCAGGAUGGGAAGACAGAGCUCUUGGUUGCAGGGCACUUCUUGCUUGCGGCAGUAGGAAAGAAAACACUCAGCAGGAGAAAAAUGUACAUUUUGGGAGUGAAAAAAAAAUGCUAGGAAAGGAGCUCUUGGCCACAACAAAUCGGAAGAAAAAAAUCAUAGCUUGUUAUUAUGUUGAAUGAAUAUAUUUGAAUUAUAAAUAUCCAUGUAUUACUUUAGUUCCUCCAUGGAUGGGAAUUAUGAAAG